UCGUUUAGACUCUCUAUUUAAUAGAUGUCUGUUUAAAAAAUGUCUGUCCAAUAGGAAAGGGAUUACCCUCUGUUUAAAACACACCUCAUUAUAAGUGACACUUUUUCGGCCCCAAUGGAGUCUCCUAUAGUGGGAUUCGACUAAAUAAAAUUUUUAUAGGUCAAUUCUAAGUGUCGUUCCUUUCCCCCUAAUUGUUGUUACAGUAACCAUAUUUGCUGCUAUGAAUAGAAAAGGGGAUGAAAUUACAACUUUGUGGUUUUGUGCUAUUGCCUCGGUUGGAAAACAAUUUUUUGAAAAUUUUUUUAAUUUCAGGGGUUCGGGGCAUUUGGAAAAUUAGUUGCAAUAAUUGUCUUUUCAAGCAUUUUUGGAUUUACAAAGGGUGUAGAAGUGGAAAAUAGGAGACGUGGAGGGAUGCUGUCAGUGCCCCACACGCAAGAGGAGGUGUCCAAAAAUGAACUUUGGUUAACCCAAUUCUUCAUAAUCCUACUUGCAGCAGAAGCCUCAAUAAUGGUUACAAUAAUUUGUAUAAGAUGUAAUUUUAGAUUUUUCAAAAAAUUUAUGAGAAUUUAA